UCGACGCCGUCGAAGGAGGGCAGAAUUGUUCAUUUUUGAGAGCUCGGAGGGGGCCGAACCACAGCGGGUUCCCACGCAACGUCGUUUACUUUGUCUGCGCGUGUCAUGAGCGCUACGAAUCAGUAGAGUUCAGUAAGUGACCCGUCGCGAAGGGAAGGGACGUUUCCGCCCACAGUAAAGAUGGCGGCUCCCUGGCUGGAGAAUCUAUCCGAGUCUUUGGGUUCUUCUGAGCCUGCGGUUCGCUUAAUACUAUCAAUUUUAAUCGGAUAUCCUUUUGCACUGAUCUACCGGAAUCUCUUGUUCCACCAGCCCGCCACCAUUAUCCACCUGUUCCACACGUUCUCUGGACUGGCCCUUGCCACGUUUAACUUUGGUUCCCAGAUCUAUCACUCUGCGGUAUGCGUCCUGGUGCAGUUCCUAAUGCUGCGGCUGAUGGGAAGGACGGUGACGGCCAUCUUGAGCAGCUUCAGCUUUCAAAUGUUGUACCUGCUGUCGGGCUAUUACUUCACGGCCACGGAGGAGUACGACAUCAAGUGGACCAUGCCUCACUGUGUCCUCACACUCAAACUCAUCGGUUUGGCAUUUGAUUACUAUGACGGCGGGAAAGAACCAGCGGAGCUGAGCACGCAGCAGAAGAGCGACGCCCUGCCAAGCGUGCCCUCGCUGCUGGAGGUUCUUGGCUUCUCUUACUUCUACGGCGGCUUCCUAGUGGGGCCGCAGUUCACGCUGCGCAGUUACCAGAAGCUGGUGGCUGGGGAGCUCAGCGACUGCCCGGGAAAACCUCCAAACAGCGUGCUACCAGCUGUGAAGAGAUUCUCUCUGGGCUUCCUUUUUCUGGUCCUAUUUGCAAUUUUUAGUCCGCAUUUCCAAGAAAGCUAUUUCCUGACAGAUGAGUAUGAUACUCGUCCAUUCUGGUUUCGCUGCAUAUUCAUUUUGAUGUGGGCUAAAAUCAUGUUGUAUAAAUAUGUCACCUGCUGGCUCAUAGCCGAGGGUGUGUGCAUCCUGACCGGGCUGGGCUAUAACGGCGUGAGGGACGGCGAGCCCCAGUGGGACGCUUGCGCCAACAUGAAGGUGUGGCUCUUUGAGACCACGCCUCUCUUCGGGGGAACCAUCGCUUCUUUCAACAUCAACACGAACGCCUGGGCUGCCAGGCAUGUGUUUAAACGGCUGAAGUUUUUGGGCAACAAGACCCUCUCCCAUGUGUCCACUCUGCUAUUCCUGACCAUAUGGCACGGUCUCCACUCGGGAUACCUGAUGUGCUUCUCCUUGGAGUACAUCAUCAUCACCGUCGAGCGACAGUACCAGGCGUUGGUGAGGGACAGUCCCCUGCUGACAAAUUUGGCCAACGGGCCACUUUUUCCACUCCUCUACGUCAUCCAGCAAUUUGUUCACUGGCUCUUCAUGGGCUACGCGCUGGUGCCCUUCUGCAUCUUCACCUACGAUAAAUGGCUCAAGGUGUACUUCUCUGUGUACUUUUGCGGGCACGUUUUCUACCUGGUCGCCUUUCUAAUCGUGCCAUACCUGCGGAAGGCGCUGGUGCCCAAGAAAGAACGCAGUCCGCUAAAGCAGGACUAAACAACUGCACGGUCGAAAAUAUCCACGGAAGGGAACUGUGAUUUUCAAAAGGAGCGGGAAAGAAAAUAUUUUAAGGCCUUUAAGUAUAUAUAUCUAAUAUAUACAGAUGUUCAUGUGAAAAUAAAUCUCUAUAUAUUUUUGAGUAAAAAGUAAGGAAGCUUUUAUAAACAUUUUUGGAGAAAUGUUUACCGACCAUUGUGCCACACGGGCGAACUGGGGAGCCUGUCAGUCGGCCGCUUCCGGUAUGAUUUUUUUUUUUUUUUAUAAAUCCUCUGAGAUAAAUAAUUUGCACUCUGCAGUCACGGGUUUGGAGCCUAAACUUGGCCCCUAAUAUUAUUAUUAUUAUUUAAUUUUUUGUCUUGAUUCUUAGAUUUUCUGUCUCCAAACAACAGAAGCAGCGGCAAAGCUUCACAUGAGGUGGAAGCGAGGUGUCAAUGCACUUUUUGGAAUGUAACGAUAAAGCACUCUUGCCGCGCGCUUGUAAAAACAAACAGUUGAGACGACGACGGCUGCUGAUUUGAUUCGAGGGGUGCACUCACUUUUAUGAGCUGCUGUACAGACACAACCGACUCAACAUGGCCUUGUCUUCAUGAAUGUUUCUACUGUUCCAUUUGCUUGAAAAAAGAGACUUAAUUUUUAUAAUGGAAAUGUUUUGUAGUUUGUAAUAAGGAAAUGACUCUUCCCACCUGCUCCACCUGUUUAUUCUUUGACGUCAUUGUUGCCACUCCCUUCAGUUGUGUUGUUUUGUACAGUAAAUGAAAAGGUGCAGUCGUGUUAUGAGUUUAAGUCUCCUCCACUUGAUGGAACAUUUAUCCCAUCGUGAAGCAGCUGCUGAGGAACAUUGUGUGCUUCACCUGUGCUGCCUCAGCUGGUGAUGCAUCUCACCGUCAUCAUCAUCUCACCUUGCAGGGACUGCCUGUAGUAACUGCCUGUCAAAUUUUACACAACCCCCGUGACCAUGAAUAAUGGCUAUUUCAAGGAUCUUUGUUUUAUUUUAUGCCUUAUUCCUACCAAAUGUACAAAAACCUUUAAAAAAUUAGGAAGGAACCAAUGGGGAACGUGAUUUUUUUAAAACAAUUUUCUAACACUGAAUUAAAAAAAAGUGCUGCAUUUCAAAA